AUGUCAUCCAACAUAGUUACAAAGGUUAAAUUCGGCAUCAGUGCUAAAGACUUAAAUCCUGACACAAUAAGCUACUAUGGCAACUACUACGGAGGACUAGGCUAUGGCUAUGGCUGCAAAUAUGGUUAUACCUCUGGCUUUGGUGCCUUUAGAAUCCUGGACUGUGGCUACAGAUGUGGCUGUGGUGGGUUAUGA